AUGGAGAAGGAAGGGAAAGCGCCUCAAGGGGCCGCAGAUCAACAUACCAGACAGGACUAUAAGCUUGUGACCUUUGCAGAAGGCGACCCAGAAAACCCAAAGAAUUGGUCCCAGGCUUUCAAGUGGUACAGCACCAUGGUUGUCGCGCUCACCUGCUUCGUCGUUGCCUUUUGCUCCAGUGUCAUCACCGCCGAUAUAGACAGUGUCGCAAGGGAGUUUAAUGUCAGCCAUGAGGUCGCACUCGUGACCAUUACUGUUUUUGUUGUCGGGUUUGGUGUCGGCCCCAUGAUAUUCGCUCCACUUUCUGAAGUCUAUGGGAGGCGUAUCAUCUAUGGCUCGACUCUUCUGCUGGCAGUCAUCUUCAUCAUCCCCUGUGCCGUUUCCAAGAACAUCGGCACCCUUAUUGUGUGCAGAGCCAUAGACGGCAUUGCCUUCUCGGCGCCCAUGACCCUCGUGGGAGGCACGCUUGCUGACCUCUGGCGCAACGAGGAACGCGGCGUGCCCAUGGCCGCUUUCUCUGCUGCCCCAUUCAUCGGUCCUGCCAUCGGUCCGCUGAUUGGCGGUUUUCUGUGCGAAGCUGGCUGGCGAUGGCUGUACUGGAUCCAGCUCAUCUUCGCUGCCAUCGUCUGGGUCCUCAUCACCUUCACCGUUCCCGAGACAUACGCCCCAACCAUCCUUGCGCGCCGAGCCAAGAAACUACGCCAGCAAACCGGCGACCGCGGCCAUGUGACCGAGGCCGAACUCGACGGCAGACCCUUUGGCGAACGGGUGCGCGUGUUUCUGAUCCGGCCUUUCCAGCUCCUGUUCCGCGAGAUGAUUGUCCUGCUCAUCAGCCUCUACAUGUCGGUGCUCUACGGGCUCUUGUACAUGUUCUUCAUCGCAUACCCCAUCAUCUACGAGGCCAGGAAGGGCUACUCAGCCGGCAUUACGGGCCUCAUGUUCAUCCCCGUUGCGGUUGGCGUCAUUCUCUCCGCCACAUGCGCCCCCCUGGUCAACAAGCAUUACCUGACGCAGGUGGCCAAGUACAACGGCAAGCCGCCGGCCGAAAUCCGCCUCAUCCCCAUGAUGAUCAGCUGCUGGUUCAUCCCUAUCGGUCUCUUCAUCUUUGCCUGGACCUCGUACAAGGAUCUGACAUGGGUGGGACCCUGCCUGGGCGGGUUCCCCGUGGGUUUCGGCUUCAUCUUCCUCUAUAACUCGGCCAAUAACUACCUGGUCGAUUCGUACCAGCACCAGGCAGCGUCGGCGCUGGCUGCAAAGACGUUUAUCCGCUCCUUCUGGGGUGCGGGAGUGGUCCUCUUUACGGAGCAAAUGUACGACCGCAUGGGCGACCAGUGGGCGUCGUGCUUUCUGGCUUUUCUCAGCCUUGCGUGCUGUGCCAUCCCUUUCGGGUUUUGGCGAUACGGCGCACGUAUCAGGCAGAAGAGCAGGUAUGCCUACGGCGGGGACGACGGCCAUGAGGCUGACGUCUCGGCGUCGGCAUCGGACUUGGAGAGCCAGAAGGCGAAGUCUGUCGAUGUGGACGCGCGGCUGCAUCAUGACUUGGAGGAUCUCAUGCGCGCCAGGAGCUACGUGAGCAAUCCGUGA